UCAGGAGAGAAACACACAAGAGAUGAAAAAAAUGGCUCAGAUUCUAUAUUUCAGUCUUCUUGUCAUUGCUCUCUGUUCAUUAUCUGAAGGUAUUCAGCGCCGCUAUCACUAUAUAAACAUGAAUAUGAACUGGACUGAAGCUCAGAGAUACUGCAGAGAGAACUACACAGAUCUGGCCACAGUCAAAAACAUCAAUGACAUGAACGAGCUGAAGAAGACUGUGAAUAACAAACCGAUGUAUGUCUGGAUUGGACUGAAGAGAACAGAUGUUUAUAAAUGGAAGUGGUCUCUGGGUGAUCCUGUGAAAUAUAUGAACUGGGAAACUGAACCAUCAACUGACACAAAUAAUUGUGCUGUUAUGAGAAAUGGAACAUGGCAUCAGCAGAAGUGUAUUGAUAAGCUGGGAUUCAUCUGCUACAAUGAUGAGCUGAUAUUGAUCCAGGAGAAUCUGAGCUGGACUGAAGCUGUGAGAUACUGCAGAGAGAAUCAUGUGGAUCUGGUUUCAGUUGAUUCAGAGAAGAUUCAGCUCAUGGUGACUGAAGUUCUUCAUCAGGCCUCGACUGCUGAGGUGUGGCUGGGGUUACGUCACUCCUGCUCUGUGGGGAUCUGGUUCUGGGUGAAUGGAGAGAUUGUGUGUUAUGAUCAUUGGGCUCCGGGGAAUGAAACAGACGUGGACGACUGUGAGCGUGAAGUGAGAUCUGGAGCGGUUCAGUCUGGAGGAGAUCAUAAGUGGAUCAGCCAUCCUGAAUCUAAACAACUAAACUUCAUCUGCAGAAGAAAGAAGAAAUAAAGAGACUUUUUUGUAUCUUUGUUAACUUUCUGGUUUUGUUAUUUAGCAAUAGGAAGCAUUUAAACGUCAGGUAUGAGGGACUAUUUUUUUAGAGGGAAGGAAGGCUUAAAGUUAUUUUAUUUAAAGAAAUUUGCAUUAAUUGCACAUCAUUGGCUUUAAUAUGAAUUGAAUGAAAAUUGUAAAAAGCGCUAUAUAAAUAAAGUUGAGUUGAGUUAAUACACAUAUUGCAAUAAGAUACUUGAGACUAGUGCUUUGUUAUUAAUAAAUCAUGAUUUAAGGGGUUUUUCUGCUUCACAUAGCACCUUCAAAUAUUCCUUAAAGAGCAGGUUCACGAAUCCAAUAAAAUUACCGGCAUCACAGCAUGUAACGUAGCUUUCCUUCAAUAUUGACGGUCUGCAAAGUUGUUAAUCCAAAAAGUUCAUGAUAAAUUAAGAUAUUGGCUUACAAAGUAAGGAGUCGACUCCGAACCGCCCAAACAAAUCGUUAGGCUUUCCACUCUUUUGAGUGUAACAUCGACACGUCAUAGUGUAACGCAUAAACACAAUCCCCGCCUUCCCGCGAAACAGGGACCCUCUGACCUGUCCAUUUUCAGGUAGUAUCGCGUAUACAACAUGUCGAGGAGACGCUGUGAUUUGUGCCUUGAACGCAAAUCUACUUUGUUUUCGCUGCCAAAGGAUGACGAUUUGUAAGGAUCAGUGGUAAAAAAAUAAUUUUUUCCACGAUAACACUGCAUUACAAUUCCAACCUUGUGUUACGUGCUCAUAAUUUAGCGUAUGUAAAUAGAAUGAUAAGUACGUUAUGUGUAUAUGUUGAAUUGAGUGCUUAUAAUAUAAAGUAAUUGUGCUAAUCUGUGUUGUAUAUGUAGUAUAGCUUUCCAGGUAAACAAUAUAUAACAGUGUUACCGUUUUAAUAAUCCAACUCUUACCUAAUAAUGUGGCGGUAGACUGUUACUAAACAAUAAUCUGAAUGGAGAUAGAUGGAAGUGUUUUUAAUUUUGAUGGGGACUCUAAUACAACAUUAGAGCACUUUCUAAUACCUUUAAACCUGCUCUUUAAGAUUAUUUUG